CGACAGUUGACCAACAUGUCAGCAGCGAUCCCUCGUGAUGUACGCGAGUUCCUUGAGGAUUAUCAGAACAGCAUCGACGACGAGCCGUCUCUGAAUUCUAAUCUACGCUUCUAUUCGAAUGAACUGCGCUGUCGCCCAGAUAACCUUCUCAUUGAUGAGUUACAUCAACAAUGGAAAGGAGACUACGCAAAGCUAGAAUACAAACACGGUUUCAUUCAGUGGCUCUUCCCGAUCCCGGAGCAAGGAAUGAACUAUGAAUCUCAGCCCUUGCAGAAACAUGAAAUCGCAGCAAUGAGGUCCGACCCCGAGAUCGUCAACCGCGUCUGCCGUUCCUACGAGCUCAUGCUCGACUUCUAUGGCAUGCGCCUCGAUGAUAAAGAGACUGGCCUUCUCGCACGAUCCCCAGCAAAUUAUAAAGAACGCUAUAGGAAUCUUGUCCGCGCGUCUCACAACAAUUUACGCAUUACACGCAUUUUGAAAAGUCUCUCGAUACUGGGACUCGAGCAUCUCAAUGCUGGCUUCUUACUCUUCGUGCUCGCGGAACAGAGUGAGCAUGGGAAGCUCGAUACAAAUGGGAUCCGCGGGAGCAUGGACCGCUGGUGGGUAAAUUGCCUGCGUAAUGAGUCGGAACGUGAAUGGAUCGCUGGUGUUCUUUGGAGAGCUAGGGGUGGCGGAGAAGGAGGUACAUUCACGAGGGCCAUGUAUGAGGAAGCUCUACAAGGGAGAAAACUUUCGGGAAGCUUUCGUGAGAUAGGCAUACCAGCCUGAU